UUCGUUUACUUUAGUACAAAACUCAACGGCGUCAUACUUACACACUACAAUAAUGUCUGGCUCUCGUUUUAUUCACCGGGGUAUGGACAAAUUUUCAUCUUGAACCGUUGCAGCAAUUAGCACUUACAAAAAAUCUUAUCGCAAGUCUUUUACUCAAAAUGUUUUUUAAGAAGCUUUCACUAUGAAGGAUGCAAUUAUACCGAAACGGAAUAACGACCUAGUGGCUUCUAAAUCAAAACCAUCCCUCGAAAUUUAUCGACCACCAGGCGUUAGAACAGACGGAAUAACGAUUCAUACGACAAAUCCGCAAUUAAAUGUACAUGCCAAAGAAUUUACAAUGAAGCAGAACGAUUUUCAUUCACCAAAAUCCCAAAUGUUUUUAAAUAAUAUGCAUUCUCUGCAGCACAGCAAAUCUAGUGGAAAUAUUCACCGAUAUUUUUAUCAGCAGCAGCAACAGCAAAAUCAUCUUCAACAGCAACAACAGCAACAUCAGUAUCCUUUUCAACCCCAGAUGUUAUCUGGAUCUCAUAAUCACUUGCCUAGUUUUCAUCCCAUGGCAGCAUCGAUUCAUCAACCACACGUUUUUAAUGUUUCUCCGAACAGUAAUAUUAUGCACAAUGCCGGUAGGGUACACUUUUGCGUGGAUAAGUAUGAAGUAAAAUCAAAUCUCAAAUCAGGAAAACUUAUGAAAUCAUUAUCAUUUGCCUCUUCGCACGAUUUGAAACGCUCUAAGAGCUUUUGUUCAGCAGAAAGUUCGACAGCCCGAGCAGUAAAUAUCACUGCUGCAGUGGAGUUGGGAAAUUUUCCACCUGCAAUUUAUCAGAGACUGCUGAAAGCGAUUGACGAUCCAAAUAUGUUGAGUGCUCGAGUGUUGAUGGAACUUGUUCGGAAUAUAUUAGAGCGCGUGAUGGAAAAUCAAAAUUACGCUGCCACAGCUGCGAAAAUAUGUAUUCACAUAAUACAAAAAGAAGUCAAGGAAACUUUUCUUGAAUCAUUACUUAAUACUUGUCAACAAUGGUACCAAGAAAAAAAACAAAUAUAUAAAAACUUUUCAGCUUUUAUGAUAUUUUUAAACGAAAUGUAUUGUCAGUUAAAACGUCGUCAACUUCAAUUAAAAACGCAACAAGAAGGAGUUCCUCCUGGAAGAGUUCUCCUCACUUUACUUUGGAAAUGUUGCCAAGAUUGUCUUUUUCCACCGAUUAUCAAUUCCCCCGAAGAGAUUCAUUGUCUUUUUUACAUUUUGACAUCUGUUGGAAAAGAUCUAUCACAGGAACUUCCAACUCAAUUGCACCAAUUACUUGGCAAUGUUCGAGAUGCAUUUUUAAAUGAAGAUAUAACUUCUCCUGCAGUUCGUAAAACCUUGUUGCAAUUAAUAGAACUACAAGCAGCGCACUGGCAAUUGACCGCACCAGCAGUUGUUUACUAUUAUCCUGGUUCAACCUGACAGCAAAGAACUAAAUAAAUUUAAUGGGGCACACUUCCAUUGCAGGAAAAUCAGCGGGUCAAGGAACUAUAAUAAUCUUAGGGCAGUUUUUUUCGCAAAGUAUCGUAAAAUAAAUAUAAAUCUGUACCGUCAAAAAACCAACUUCAAAAUUAAAAAAAUCGGAACUUCAUUUAAAACUUGUUCAAUAAUACAUGUGAAAAUGGAGAAAAAUAUAUUUUGUACGCACACCUUCAUUUUAUACAGCACAAAAAGUUGUCAUUAAAAUUUGAAUGCUAUAGGCAGAAUGUUUACUGAGAUUUCGUUUUACAAGGUCACACCAUUUUGAUAUCAAAGGACUUCGUUUUGCUUAGCAUAAUAAACCGAAACUCAUUUUUGAAUGAAUAAUUUAUUUGAAUCCAAAUAUGCUUAUUGCCAUUAUGAGCUUAGGCUGUUAACCGCCAAGCAAAUAUUAUAUAAAUCUUCGUGCAGAUUCUCGAUGAUCAUGUCGCAGCAAAGAAUCGGCCGUCGGUAGCAGUCAGAUUCAUGAAAGGAUCCAGUGCCCAUUGCUGACAAAAUCUUCUCGAUAUUACUUCGAAAAAAUUCACAGCGUAAGUCUCAUCAAUUAAAU